ACAACUGCUCUUAUAGAUACAUACCAUUACAGUGUUACCACCAAACACUUUCUUUCUCACAUUCUCUCUGUCCACAACACUUCACUUCUUAUUGUCUCUCAGAAACUCCAAGAUCAUGAAGAAGAAUUUGAACCUGGAACUUCGCCUCGUCCCACCUUCCAUUAGUUCCGAUUUUCCUACCUCAAUGGAAGGUGAAGCACAAGAGCAGCAGCAGCAGCACAGGCCUUUGACCAUUGUCUACGAUGGCAAGAUUUUCGUUCGUGAUGCAACAGAGAUUCAGGCCAGGUCUAUUUUAAUGCUUGCAAAAAAAGAAAUGGAGGAUAAAGUGAGGACACCAACUGAAUCAUCAUCAGAGCCAUCUUCACCAGCAGUAUUUACCAGUAACUUGUAUAGCCCUGGAACUUCACUUUCCAUGAAAAAAACACUUCAAAGGUUUCUCCAGAAGAGGAAGAAUCGGAUCCAAGAAGCAUCACCUUACCAUUUUAAUCAGCAGAAAUAAUUAUUUGAGAUCAAGUAUAAAUUGAAAUUUUUGUUUAAUUUGGUGUCUUAGAAUACUAUAUGUAUGUUUUUCAACAAAGGGUACCCCUUUCAAAUUAUCAACUGCUUGUAAAUUAUGUAGAAUUGUAAUCUUUGUGCACUACUGUGAAAGUUGCAUUGUUUUUCUUUUUUUGUUGA